GAUUGACAGAUGGCCUACAUUUCCCAGCAGGCCGCGGGGCAGAAGCUCAAAGCCCUAAAGAGGUUUACGUUUAGAGGAUCAAACGACAGCUGGACACAGACACACAUCAGAGAGAACGACGGGCGACAUGCCUCUCAAACGAGAAGAUACGGAGCGAGCGCUGCAGGCGAUGGAAGCCUGUCAAUCAGCAGGUGAUGAAGGUUUCAGGAGUCGCGCAGAGAGACUCUUGACCAUCUUUCAGAGUGACCUGUUUCAGGCUCUGCUGGACAUUCAGGAGUUUUAUGAGUUGACGGUGUUUGAGAAUCAGACGGCAAGUCGAGCACUCACACCGGGACUGAAGUACCGUUACCAUGACGACGAGACGCCGCCGCUGCAGCACAGUCCCGCUCACCUGAACGUCAGCGACGCCGGACACGCCCCCAUCGACGGCAUCCACGGUUACACACCCCAGAUGCACGGGUCACCCUCCAAGCCGGUGCUGCUCCCCAGCGCUCACACACCUCUCUACGCCACCUCCACUCUGAUGAACGGGAUGGACGGAGACGUGGAGUAUGAGGAGAUCACACUGGAGAGGGGUGUGUGUGGCCUGGGCUUCAGUAUCGCCGGGGGCACUGAUAACCCUCACAUCGGAGACGACCCCAGUAUCUUCAUCACUAAGAUCAUCGCAGGAGGAGCGGCGGCGCAGGACGGGCGGCUGAGGGUGAACGACAGCAUCCUGUUCGUGAAUGAUGUGGACGUGCGUGAGGUCACUCACAGUCUGGCGGUGGAGGCGCUGAAGGAGGCGGGGCCGAUCGUCCGGCUCUACGUGCUGCGACACAAACCACCCGCGGAGAAAAUCACAGAGCUGAAGCUCAUCAAAGGCCCUAAAGGUCUGGGCUUCAGCAUCGCGGGCGGCGUGGGGAACCAACACGUCCCCGGAGACAACAGCAUCUAUGUCACCAAGAUCAUCGAAGGAGGAGCCGCACAUAAAGACGGACGGCUGCAGAUCGGAGACAAGAUCCUCGCUGUGAAUAAUAUGUAUCUAGAGGACGUGAUGCAUGAAGAUGCUGUAGCGGCUCUGAAAAACACAGGAGACGUGGUUUAUCUGAGAGUAGCCAAAACUCUUCAUCAUCAUCAAGACGCCUACAAUCCUCCUGACAUCACCAGCUCGUAUUCUCCUCAUAUGGACAUGUCUGAUUACCCACAAGCCCUCAGUCCCUCGUCUCCACGCCGUUACUCCCCCAUCCCUAAAGGACUGCUGCUGGGGGACGAGGACAUUCCCAGGGAGCCGCGGCGUGUGGUCAUUCUCAGGGGUUCCACGGGUUUGGGCUUCAAUAUCGUGGGAGGUGAGGAUGGUGAGGGGAUCUUCAUCUCCUUCAUUCUGACAGGAGGAGCUGCUGAUCUGAGCGGAGAGCUGAGGAAAGGAGAUCAGAUCCUGAGCGUGAAUGGUGUGGAUCUGCGGCGAGCGACUCAUGAGCAGGCAGCGGCGGCGCUGAAGAACGCUGGACAGACGGUCACCAUCAUCGCACAGUACAGACCAGAGGAGUACAGCAGGUUUGAGGCGAAGAUCCACGACCUGCGGGAGCAGCUGAUGAACAGCAGUUUAGUGUCUGCAGCAGCAUCGUUACGGAGCGGGAAGAGAAGCUUCUUCAUCAGGGCUCUGUUUGACUACGAUAAGACGGCGGAUGGUGGCUUCCUGUCGCAGGCGCUGAGCUUCAGGUUUGGAGACGUUCUGCAGGUGUUUGACUGCAGCGAUGAGGAGUGGUGGCAGGCCGGAAAACUGACUCCACACGGAGAGCUGGAGGAGACCGGAUACAUUCCCAGCUAGAGGAGGGUGGUGGAGAGGAAGGAAUGGUCUCGUCUGAAGACGCGAGGCAGAGACGCCGUCGGCGGACGCAGUGAAUACGUCGUCAGCUAUGAGACGGUGAUUCAGACUGAAGUGCACUACGCGCGUCCCGUCAUCAUCCUCGGGCCGAGCAAGGACCGCGUCAAUGACGAUCUGCUCUCCGAGUUCCCCGACAAGUUCGGCUCCUGCGUCCCACACACGACGCGGCCCAAGCGCGAGUACGAGGUGGACGGGCGCGACUAUCACUUCGUGUCGUCACGUGAGCAGAUGGAGAAGGACAUUCAGAGCCACCGGUUCAUCGAGGCCGGACAGUACAACAACCACCUGUACGGCACCAGCGUCCAGAGCGUCAGACAGGUGGCAGAACAGGGGAAACACUGUAUCCUGGAUGUUUCAGCGAAUGCAGUGAGGAGGUUACAGGCCGCCCAACUACACCCCAUCGCCAUCUUUAUACGACCCUCAUCCCUGCAGAACAUACUAGACAUUAACAAGCGUCUGACGGAGGAACAGGCCCGAAGAGCUUCAGACCGAGCCGUCAAACUGGAGCAGGACUUCAUCGAGUGUUUCUCAGCGAUCGUGGAGGGAGACAGCUUCGAGGAGAUCUAUCAUCGUGUGAAGUCUGUGAUCGAGGAACAGUCUGGACCGUAUAUCUGGAUCCCGGCGCGAGAGAGACUGUAAACACACACACACACACACACACACACGCAUGUGUGUGAGGACUUCCAGCAGGGGCUCAUGGGAGUCUCUGGGUUGAAGCUCGUGCACAGGAUGAUCUUCUGAUUCACACUAACAGCUCGUUAUAUAAUGUAAAUAUGCGUCCGUGCGCAGUGGUUUCUAUGGAGUGAGCGGGACCUUACCUCAUCGCCAUGGCAACAGUUCAUCAUGGGGUCAGAUAAGGUGUGAAAACAUGACAGCGCUGCGUGUGUGAACUAGCCUUAACAAACGUGUAUGUGUGUGUGUGUGUGUGUGUGUGUGUGUGUGUGUGUGUGUGUG